AGAGGAACGGAGUGGAGAACCGUGUGGUCACCUAGACCAGCAACGGCGAGUAACCGCCGAUGCCACAUCGACUCGCGAUAUCGGACUGAGAAUAUCGGUUCACACAUCUCUCACAAUCACAUCAAUCACAAAUUUUAAAGCCGGCAUUAGUUUCGAAUGAUCGUGCAGAAGAGAAAGACAGAGUUUUGGAAUUUAUGCGCGAGUGAGAGGAAGCACGCGCGAAGCUCGUGCAUAUAUAUCUAACACGGGCGAGAAAGUUCCGAGGAUCAUACAGAAGAAACGAGUUUGUAAACGAGGCCGGUCACAGCCGAGCUUCAGUUCGUCUGGGUGACUCGAAGAGUGGCGCGAGCGCGUGCGAGCGAGCGGUAUAAUGUAGUUAAAACCGAGUGUCGAUGAUAAACGGUUGUGCGCCAGCGAUAACAGAGAACUUUUUUAUAUUUAAAAUUUUUAAUCGGGGGCAAAGUUGCAGUGAUUGACAAAUUAUAACAUAUUCGGCAGUGAGUGUGCGUUUUAAAAACAUUCUCGGUUUUUAUCGUAUUUACAACAAUCACACACGAGUCUCUCGCGUUCGUGUGAAGUUACUGUCGAGUAAUCGAGCUGUAGAAGCGACCGAAAAUACGUAGCGAUGACUAUUCACAAAAAAGGCACGGUGUCAAGGAUGAAGAAUGCGGGAACCGCGAAAAACGAAGUGGCAACGACGUCGACGUCCUCGGAUGUGACGACAACGGAGACAGUCGAGGUUGUAUCCUCCACCAGCGUCGUGGAGGAAUCGAAUCAGGUGAAGGAGAGCGAAUCUAGAGGUAGCAUGGUGGAGGUCACGAGUGCCAGUCGCGAGGUCAUCAUGGAUUCCAAAGGUAACAUUAUCAAAGUUAUCGAGAUACCUCCACAGACUAUCCAGCAGAGCUCGUCCAGCCGAAGAACCGAAAAAAGCUCUCAAGACUUCAUAGCAGGGGAGCAGGUGCAAUCGAUUAAGCAAGCGAAGACGACGCACGAAAUUCCACGCGAGCACGCAACGUCUCUUUCGGAAAAUCGGACAAUUCAAGGAGAAAUGACUGAACAAGCCAGUCAAUCUGUGCAGACGCAAAGUCAAAGCGCAUCCCAUUCAAUGGUUCAGCAGUCGAGCUCCUCGAGUGUCUUAAUUGAGAGUUCAUCAGCGAGCGAGGAUCAUAGCGGACAUCGCUCUACUGUUAUAGUUUCUCAUGACAUUAAAAAUGGAACUCCCAUAUCUCAGACAUCGUCAAGGUCGACCGAGAAUACUCACGUGAGUAGCGAGACGAGCGAAGCCGUGACGAAAGACGGUCAAACAAUGUCGAGCACCACAAGAAUACGCGAAACGGGAGAAAGAAUCAAUGACAACGGUAAGACGAUGUCUGCAUCGAGCCGGGAAGUUGAGCAUACGAUUGCACCUUCCAAUGUGACUGUCAUUAAAAAUACUGAUGAUAUCAAGAGGAGUGAUAAAAGUACGCGCAGCGAUUUGAAAUCAGAGAAAUUAAACAUCGAGAUAUCAACACGUUGUAAUAAGCCCGGCCAAUCCACAUGGGAUGGCACCUUUGUCUAUGAAAAACCAGCCACUCCUAAGGACAAAAGUGUCAUUGAUAAAACAGUAAGUUCAAAGAUUCAUAGCGAUACCAGAGAUGAUGAAACAAGCGUUAAAGUUACUCAAGGGACCUCGAUCCAGGAGGUAUCAUUUAUCGAUCAGAACGUAUCUUCAAGUUCAAGCAUAACUCGAGACUCGAAAACGAUAGUCGAUGAAGGUCAACGAACGAUGACUUGUCUUCGUGAUAUCACGUCGGAGAAAACCGCCGCGGAUACAACAGAUUUCGCUAGCGAAAAAUAUUCGAAAGGACCGAUCCGUUACUCAAAACCUGGCGAUUCGACGUGGGACGGAAGCUUCGUCGUGGAAAAAAUUACGACGCAGCCAAGAAGUCAGCGUAACGAUUCCGACGUCAACAUGUUUCACGGUCGCGGCGACAACGUCAUGGAAACGCAGAGAAGAGAUUUCAAAGAAAAGAGUACGGACGGUACAUAUGAGAAGGAGUCAUCCGAGACUAUGCGCGUCGUAAAAGGUGCUACAGACAGCACCAGAUUCAUUUCUGAAGAACGACGAGAUGUAAGCGGAGGAACUUCGAUCCAUGUCGAUGGUAUGCCAUUGAGUAAGGAUGAACACCUUGCUCGCGUAUCCAGUCCAUCGCAACGAAGAGUCGGCAGACCCGGCGAAUUUAUCUACGAAAAGUCGCAAGAUGACGUAAAGAAGCAUCCUUCAGACGUCACCGUAGUCCGUACAACGAAAAAACGUCAUGAUACCGUGGACGUUCAAGAUGUCAGCGAAGAGCAGAACAUUUCGAACGUUACUGAAUCGGUCUCCACGUCUUACAUCGUCGAAUACGCGAUUUCCGGCGACAAGAAGAAUGUCGAGAAGGUCACGUCGGUGUCCGAGGUAAUCUUAGAGGAAGAUAGUCCUGAGAAUAAAAUUACGCGCGGCCAUGGAAGUCCGGAGAGACAGACAAAAUUUGAUACAACUUCGCGCUGUUACAAGCCCGGUCAAUCUGCUUGGGAUGGCACCUUCGUCUACGAACGACCGGUAACACCUGAUAGUCGCCGAAGACCGGAAGAUAAACGUACAGUAAAAACUAUCGAUAUUCGAGAUGUUACGGAAGAUAAUUCGAUUAACGAAGCGGACGUCACGAGUACUUCUUACAUCGUUGAACAUUCAUCGAGUCAGCAGAGUUUCUCGGACAUCAGGGAUGCCAGCGUCAGGUCCACGAGGUACGAGACAGUUGUUUACGAGGGGCGCCCUGUCGAAACGACGAUUAGAUUUGAUGGAGAUACAUCACGAAGCAAAGUUUCGUCGACGGAACGUCGGAUUAGUCCCUCUCCACGACCUAGAAGUCCGGAGAAGAUACCGAUAGAUAGAGAUCUGCGAAGUACCAAACCCGGAUCGUCAACGUGGGACGGAACUUUCGUAUUUGAAAAAUCGCAAGAGAAGAAGCGACCACCUAGCAGAGAAUCCAUUGAUAGGCUACCAGAUAAACCUCGCCCAGCAGACAGCAAAAAGACACCCCAUAUUGAUACGUCGAAGAAAUAUGUUAGCGAAACUACUAUCGAUCUCCGAGAUGUCAAGCAAGAUGUAUCAAGCACGUCAGAGAUUAUGGAAAGUUCCGUCGUUAUGGAACAAUCAAGAAUGCAUGAAAGUUACACGGAUUCCUCGAAUCUUGAUUUCUCGACGACUUCCUUCGAAACUGUUACUAUUCGCGACGGUCAGCCAAUAACGACGCAAAAAACAGUGACCAUUCAAGAAAGCCCUCACAGUGGUGCAAAGAGGCUGCCUAGUAGUGACGUAAUAACUACUACUGACAUUAAAGAGACCACUGUUAAAAGCGAGAAGAAGGAAUCUCGCGCGGACGAUAAAAAUUACCGACCUCUAAAACCAGGAUCGUCCACAUGGGACGGAUCGUUCGUGUAUGAGAAACCAGAGGAAAGAAAACCAAGCGAUAAAAAGUCACCGAAAGAUGUACAUGGAGCUGUGGCUAAACAGAGUCCAAUUAAAGAACAACGAACCGACAAUGUCGAUCAUCGAACAGUUACAAUUUUGGAUACAUCAAAAGAUAUAAGAAGUGCUACCGAUUAUUCUACGAGCUCUGUCACGGUCGAACAAACAUUCAUCAAGGAUUCGGAGACAUACGAUUCUUCAAAUAUUUCCAAAAUUUUCAUCAAAGGAAGCGCAGAAGAUAAAGUACGUGAAACCGAUAAAAAGCCAAGACAGCAGUUCGACGGAAAACCUGAGCCAUCGCCUCGACAACGUCCGAAAGACACUAAAGAGCCUAAACAUAAAAAACCGCAGAGUCCGGUGGAUAGAACACAUCGUCGACCGUCGAAGCCAGGCGCCUCCACCUGGGAUGGAUCGUUCGUGUAUGAGAAACCGGAAGAGAAGAGACCAGAAGAUCGAAAAGUGCCAAAAGAUAUUAAAACAGAAGAUAAGCGAAGCCCAAUUAAAGAAAAACCGAGUGACAUCGCUGAUUAUAAAACAUCUGUUACGAUACUGAAUACAUCGAAGGAUGUGUCAAGUUCUGCCGAUUAUUCUACGAGCUCCGUCACGGUCGAGCAAAAGUACGUCACCGAUUCAAAGACAUAUGACUCGUCAAAUAUAUCCAAAAUUUAUAUAAAAGAGAGUCCGAAGGAUAACGUACAUCCGAUCGAUUACGAGAAAUCAAAACAGCCCUCCGACGAAAAGUCGCAGAAAAGUCCGGUAGACAGAACGCAUCGACCGUCGAAGCCUGGUGCUUCCACUUGGGACGGUUCUUUCGUGUACGAAAAAGUACCGAGGAAACCGGCAGACGAACGAAAACCGAUUGAGAAAGAAAGCAAACCAGUGGAUCAGAAAGGAAAAACGUUGCUUACUCCGAUUUCGCGAAAAUCAACGGAAACACAGAAGGACAUCAUUGAGAUCAGACAUGUCGAAGAUGUCGCGGAUAUCACACAUGCGGAUAUCACGCGUACAUCCGAAGUGCUUCAGCAAUCUUACGUAAUCGAUCAGUCUUCGAGAUUCACUUCUGUGCAAGACGUGCGCGAUGUUAAGGACGAGCGCGUCAUCACUGAAUUUACGGCGGACACACGCAAGGAUAUGAGAGAUGUUACCGAGUCAACGAAGGAAUUUAUCGAUAAAGAGCAGGUGAUUAGCAUGGUAGCGCGGGAUGUCAUUGACACCCGAUUCGAUACCAUCACCGGCCCGGCACCCCGGUCACCAGCGGAUUCCACGAGGAAACCAUCGCCUGAACGACCUGGUUAUCCUCGUGGAAUACCUGGUCUCAGGGAAGACGAUCGACCAAAACCAACUCCAAUUGCUGGAAAGCCCAGUCGACCUCCGCAGCGCGAAAGAAGUCCUCAACGGCCAGUGGAUGGCAGACCUUCCGAAAUCCGGUCAAUGUCACCUGAAAAGCUUCGGGAUCAUACGUCGCCGACUAGAAGAUCACAGCCAGCGGCUGGCAAGCUGAGUCGACCCGAAGAAAAACCUGUAGCAUUUAGAAAAUUCGAUAAAGAAUCUGAACCUUCGAAAUCUAAACCUAAUCGACUUGCUGAAAAGCCUGAAAAACCGACGAAAUUGGAACAGGAUAAACUUAAAAGAGGAGAUCAAAGUCCAGACUCUCUCGAAGAAGAUGUAGUAUAUCCUAAAUCAGUGCCGGUACCGGAUAUAUUGUCGAAAAUUCCUCUAAAAGAACAGUGCAUUUGCGAGCUUUGUACCUGCGGACGUCAUCGUUGCCCGCAUAAUUUACCCCAAGAACAUUUGGAAUUCUCUUAUGAAGAACCGUUGCAUACUGUGACUUCCUAUCGCCAGGAUUACGACGAAAAACACGUGGAAAAACAAACAAAAUAUUAUCAUGAAGAUCAUUUGCAUACGGAGGGUGAAUUUAUCGGACAGAGACGAACUGAUUAUGUGGCUACUAGAGGCGAAAGAGCGCCGGUCAAAAAACCGCAAGAUCAUCUCAAACCCGAAGGUGAAUUCGUUAGAAGACCAAAGCAAGAGGCGAUCCCUAUAAGGGGUGAAAGGGCACCUGUGAAGAAGCCACAAGACAAUCUUAAACCGGAGGGCGAGUUUGUUGGUAAGCCUCGAGAGGAAGCUCCGAAAUAUGGCGAACGAGCUCCGAUUACAAAGCCAAGGGAUAACUUAAAAUUCGAAGGGGAUUUUGACGCUACAACAACGACCGAACUGGUUUUUACUGGCACUCCUGGCGAACGACCGAUCCCAAUACGUCGCAAUACUUAUACGAAGAUAGAGGGUGAUUUCACUGACGAAACGACGACGCGAUCGCAAUACAUUGAUCAUCGUAGCAUCCAACGUGCUGAAAUCGUUAAACGAACGGAUAAUCUCACCGUGGGAGAGGGUGAAUUCACGGGUACCUCUCAUAUUAAGGAAGAUUUCCAAACUCAUGUUACCGAACGUGAACCUCAGUGGCGACCGAAAUAUCCUAAAGACACCGAUCGGUUUUACAGUAAAACAGAUAUCAUUGACAGUACUACUACCACUCAGGAACAAUUUCGAACUUUUGAUCAAGCAGAUUAUAAAAGUACCAUAGUUAUUAAGAGAGCUGAUAAUCUAAGACCCGAAGGACCUUUCGAAGCAUUGCCUCAUACAAAGGAUGAUUAUGUUACACCAAUAUUGCUGCGCAGGCCAGAACCACAAAAACCUAUAGAUAAUUUAAAACCUGAAGGGCCAUUCGAAGGACGGCCUAAAGAUGAUUAUUCACCUAAACGCGGCGAACGUUAUGAAGUGAAACGGCCAGAAGAUAACUUACGUCCUGAAGGGCCGUUCGAAGGACGACCUAAAGAUGACUAUAAGCCUACUAGAGGAGAACGUGCCGAUGUCAAGCGCCCUGAAGAUAACUUAAGACCCGAGGGUCCAUUCGAAGGGCGUCCUAAAGAUGACUAUGCACCUAAACGUAGCGAACGCCCUGAAGUCAAGCGUCCAGAAGAUAAUUUACGUCCUGAAGGACCAUUUGAAGGACGGCCUAAGGAUGAUUAUAGGCCAACCAAAGGAGAGAGAGCUGAUGUUAAAAGACCACAAGAUAAUUUGAAACCAGAAGGUCCGUUCCAAGGACGUCCAAAAGAUGAUUUUACUCCGAAGACAGCGGAACGUCCUGAAGUGAAACGACCGAAAGACAAUUUACGACCUAAAGGUGACUUUUCAGAUCGUCCCAAAGACCAAUAUAUACCCGGUGAGAAACGCACUCCUAUCAGACAUCUGGAUAAUUUGUAUCCUGAAGGCGACUUCGAAAGACCUAAGCCGAUACCUUAUGGUCCCGGUGAUAGAGCAUCCAUCGUUCGUCAUCCGGAUAAUCUAUUUCCAAUAGGAGAAUUUCCAGACAGAGAAAUCAAGCCAUUCAAACCUGCCGAACGUAGAACGCCUGUUAAACAUUUCGAUAAUCUUCGUCCAGAAGGUGACUUUGAAGGAAAAUCCAAAGAUGAUUACAGACCGACCAAAGGAGAACGUGCCGAUGUUAAACGUCCCGAAGAUAAUUUGCGACCAGAAGGUCCGUUCGAGGGUCGUCCAAAAGAUGAUUAUUUGCCAAAACGUGCAGAACGUCCUGAAGUAAAACGUCCGGAAGACAAUCUACGUCCCGAAGGCGAUUUUGAAAGACCAGAGAAAGCACCUAUUGGUCCAGCCGAAAGACGCACUCCAAUUAAACAUCCGGAUAAUCUUAGAUCCGAAGGAGAAUUCGAGCGACCUCGUCAGCAUGGUUAUCGUCCGGCAGAAAAACCAGAAGUCAAAAAGCCAAUAGACAAUUUAAGGCCCGAAGGUGAAUUUGAAAGACCACGUCCUGAAAAAUACGCUCCAGCUGAGAAACGAACACCAGUGAAACAUCCAGAUAAUCUCAAGCCAGAAGGUGAAUUUGAGCGACCUCGGCAGGAUGGUUAUCGUCCGGCAGAAAAACCAGAAGUCAAAAAGCCAGUGGACAAUUUAAGACCCGAAGGUGAAUUUGAAAGACCACGUCCUGAAAAAUACGCUCCAGCUGAGAAACGAACACCAGUGAAACAUCCGGAUAAUCUCAAGCCAGAAGGUGAAUUUGAGCGAUCUCGUCAGGAUGGUUACCGUCCGGCAGAAAAACCAGAAGUCAAAAAACCAAUAGACAAUUUAAGGCCCGAAGGUGAAUUUGAAAGACCACGUCCUGAAAAAUACGCUCCAGCUGAGAAACGAACACCAGUGAAACAUCCGGACAAUCUCAAACCAGAAGGUGAAUUUAUUGGUAAACCGAAAGAAGAUUUUAUACCAACAAAAGGUGAUCGCGCUGAUGUUAAAAGACCAGCAGAUAAUUUAAAACCGGAAGGUCCAUUCGAAGGUCGACCAAAAGAUGAUUAUCGACCAAUGCGUGGAGAACGUAUGGAUGUUGUUAAACGCAUGGACAAUUUGCGUAUGGAAGGAGAUAUAGAAACAUAUAGAUCUAGAGACGAAUAUACCGAUUUCUUAAUACGCGAAAGAACUCAAAUUACUAAAUAUCAAGAUAAUUUACGUAUGGAAGGUGAAUUCAUUGAUACAAGAACGCGAGAUGAUUUUAAAAUUGUUAAAGGUGAACGCAUGGACAUCGUUAAACAUCGUGAUAAUUUAAAACCAGAAGGUCCGUUCGAAGGUCGCCCGAAGGACGAUUAUUCACCGAAGAAAGCAGAGAGACCUGAAAUUAAAAAGCCGGAAGACAAUUUAAAAUCAGAAGGCGAUUUCGUACGUCAGCCUAAGGAAGAAGCGCCUAAAAAAGGUGACAGAGCUGAUGUGAAAAAACCGAGAGACAAUUUGAGGCCGGAAGGUGACUUCGAAAGACCGGAAAAGAAACCAAUCGGUCCAGCAGAGAAGCGUACCCCGAUUAAACAUUCUGAUAAUCUAAAACCAGAGGGUGAGUUUGAGAGACCAAUACCUGAAGAAUUCAAACCUGCCGAAAGACCAAUUGUAAAGAAACCACAUGAUAAUUUAAAACCGGAAGGCGAAUUUGUGUCAAGACCGAAAGAUGAGGCGCCAAAGAAAGGUGAGAGAGCUGAUAUCAAAAAGCCACAAGACAAUUUGCGACCGGAGGGCGAUUUCGAAAGACCGGAGAAAAAACCAAUUGGUCCUGCAGAGCGACGUACUCCGAUUAAACAUUCUGACAAUCUGAAGCCAGAAGGUGAAUUCGAAAGACCUAAGCCUGAAGAAUUUAGACCUGCUGAAAGACCGGUAGUAAAGAAACCACACGAUAAUUUAAAACCGGAAGGUGAAUUCGUUUCUCGGCCAAAAGAAGAAGUGCCAAGAAAAGGUGACAGGGCUGAUGUUAAAAAGCCAAAGGAUAAUCUCAAACCCGAAGGCGAUUUUGAAAGACCGGAAAAGGCACCUGUUGCUCCAGCGGAACGACGUACUCCGAUUAAACAUUCAGAUAAUUUGAAGCCGGAAGGUGAGUUUGAACGACCGGAACAAGAAGGUUAUCGUCCAGCAGAAAGGCCAGAAGUCAAAAAACCAACAGAUAAUCUGAAACCCGAAGGCGAUUUUGAGAGACCACAUCCUGAAAAAUAUGUUCCGGCUGAGAAACGUACGCCAGUGAAACAUCCAGAUAAUCUUAAGCCGGAGGGUGAAUUUAUUGGUAGACCUAAAGAAGACUUUACGCCUACUAAAGGUGAUCGUGCCGAAGUUAAAAAACCAGAGGAUAAUCUGAGACCAGAGGGUCCAUUCGAAGGUCGACCGAAGGAUGAUUAUCGACCGGUGCGUGGCGAACGCAUGGAUGUAGUGAAGCGCACGGAUAACUUGCGAAUGGAAGGAGAUAUAGAAACUUAUAGAUCCAGAGACGAAUAUACCGAUUUCUUAAUACGCGAAAGGACCGAAAUUACUAAAUAUCAGGAUAAUUUACGUAUGGAAGGAGAAUUUAUCGAUAUGAGAACACGGGAUGAUUUCAAAGUCGUUAAAGGCGAACGCACGGAUGUCGUUAAGCAUCGUGACAAUUUAAAACCGGAAGGUCCAUUCGAAGGUCGUCCGAAGGACGAUUAUUCGCCUAAGAAAGCAGAGAGACCUGAAAUUAAAAAGCCAGAAGAUAAUUUAAAACCAGAAGGCGAUUUCGUACGUCGGCCUAAGGAAGAAGCACCUAAAAAGGGUGAGAGAGCUGACGUGAGAAAACCGAAGGAUAAUUUGCGACCGGAGGGAGACUUCGAAAGACCGGAAAAGAAACCGAUUGGCCCUGCUGAGCGACGUUCUCCGAUUAAACAUUCUGACAAUCUAAAACCAGAGGGUGAAUUUGAAAGACCUAAGCCUGAAGAAUUCAAGCCUGCUGAAAGACCGGUUGUAAAGAAACCACACGAUAACUUGAAACCUGAAGGCAAAUUCGUAUCUAGACCGAAAGAAGAAGUACCGAAGAAAGGUGAAAGAGCCGAUGUCAGAAAACCGCAAGAUAAUUUGCAACCGGAAGGAGACUUUGAAAGACCAGAAAAGAAACCGAUCGGCCCUGCUGAGCGACGUUCUCCGAUUAAACAUUCUGACAAUCUAAAACCAGAAGGUGAAUUCGAAAGACCUAAACCUGAAAAAUUCAAGUCUGCUGAAAGACCGAUUGUAAAGAAACCACUCGACAACUUGAAACCUGAAGGCGAGUUCACAUCUAGACCAAAAGAAGAAGCACCAAAGAAAGGUGAAAGAGCCGAUAUCAGAAAGCCACAAGAUAAUUUACGACCAGAGGGUGACUUCGAAAGACCGGAGAAAAAACCAAUUGGUCCAGCCGAAAGAAGAACUCCGAUUAAACAUUUUGAUAAUUUGAAACCUGAGGGUGAAUUUGAGAGACCUAAGCCUGAAGAAUUCAAACCUGCUGAAAGACCAAUUGUAAAAAAGCCACAUGAUAAUUUGAAACCUGAAGGCGAGUUCGUAUCUAGGUCGAAAGAAGACGCGCCGAAGAAAGGUGACAGAGCCGAUGUUAGAAAGCCGCAAGAUAAUUUACGACCGGAGGGUGACUUUGAAAGACCGGAGAAAAAACCAAUUGGUCCAGCGGAAAGAAGAACUCCGAUCAAACAUGCAGACAAUUUGAAGCCAGAAGGUGAAUUUGAAAAACGUCCAAAAGAAAAGAUACCGAUCAAAGGCGAAAGGGCGGAUGUUACCAAACCAAGAGAUAAUUUACGACCUGAAGGCGACUUUGUAAGACCUCAGAAAUCACCGAUUGGCCCAGCAGAACGACGUACACCGAUUCGACAUGAAGACAACUUGCAUCCAGAGGGUGAAUUCGUUGGUCGACCAAAAGAUGAUUUUAUUCCUAAGCGCAUCGAUCGACCAAUUCAAAAGAAGCCUAAAGAUAAUUUGAAGCCUGAAGGAGAAUUUGUAGGAAAACCUAAGGAUGAUUACAAACCAACUAAAGGAGAGAGAACUGAAAUCGUGAUGCAUCAAGAUAAUUUGAAGAUGGAAGGAGAUAUAGAUGUUUAUCGAUCUCGAGAUGAUUACGUAACUACGUCUAAACGCGAACGUGUAGAUAUUGUUCAUCGUGAGGAUAAUUUGAAGAUUGAAGGCGAAUUCGUUGAUAUCCAUCGACGAGAUGACUAUCGAGUUACUCGUGGUGAACGUAGCAAAGUUAUUAGGCGUGAAGACAAUCUUUAUCCUGAGGGUGAUUUCGAACGACCAGAGAAAGCACCGGUAGGUCCCGCAGAGAGAAGAUCUCCUAUUAAACAUCCUGAUAACUUAAAGCCAGAAGGCGAUUUUGUUCAACGGCCGAAGGAAACCGUGCCUAUUAAAGGUGACCGAGCAAUCGUCAAGAAGCCGAAAGAUAACUUGAAGCCCGAAGGUGAAUUCGAGAGACCAGCAAAAUCAUCCGUUGGUCCCGGUGAACGACGAUCACCCAUUAAACAUCCCGAUAAUCUUCAUCCGGAGGGAGAAUUCGUUGGCAGACCGAAGAAAGACACGCCGCUAAAAGGCGACCGAGCAGAUGUGAAGAAGCCAAAGGAUAAUCUUCAUCCCGAAGGAGAAUUCGCGAAACGUUCCCCGAAGAAAGUAGAACCGGCUGAACGAAGAACUCCGAUCAAGCACGAGGAUAAUCUUCAUCCUGAAGGAGAUUUCUACAUAGUGCCUAAGGACGAUUUUAUUCCAAAGAGAGGAGAUCGAUCGCCGGUUAAAAAACCUCAGGACAAUCUUCGUCCCGAAGGUGAAAUGAAAGUAUCUCCGAAAGAUGAUUAUAAAUAUGUAAAUGGAGAUCGCGUAGAAAUACGUCGGCAUGAGGAUCACCUGCGCAUGGAGGGACAAAUAGACACUCAUUGCUCGAGAGAUGACUAUAAGAAAAUAACGAGAGUGGAGAAAGUGGAUGUUAAGAGACAUGAAGAUAAUCUCAGAAUGGAAGGCGAAUUUAUCGACGUGCGUCGCAAAGAUGAUUACGUGCACGUGGUUGGUGAACGCGUGCCAAUUAAAAAGCGUGCGGACAAUUUACGUCCGGAAGGAGAUUUCGACAGACCUCAGAAGAUCGUGAUUGGGCCCGGGGAGAAAAGAACUCCAAUCAAGCACCCGGAUAAUCUGAAGCCAGAGGGUGAUUUUGAACGUAGAACUCCGGAUAAGAUUGGUCCCGGUGAACGACGAUCGCCGAUUCGUCACGCCGAUAAUUUGAAACCAGAAGGUGAUUUCAUCGGACGCCCACGUGACGACUUCACUCCCAAAAGAGCAGAAAGAAUCGAAGUCGUAAAAAGAGAAGAUAAUCUAAAGAUGAUGGGUGAUUUCGAAGGCACAACGUCUCACAAGUCGACUUAUACAAUAGUUCGUGGAGAACGAGCGGACAUUAAGUCACAUGAAGAUAACUUAAAACUCAGCACCGGCACUAUGGAAACAAAAACAACCAGCAGAGAUACUUAUACACCUUCUAUAAAGCAUGAACCUUCUCCCGCUGGUAAAACGGUAAAUCGUCGAAGACACAUGGAAUCGUCUAUUUCGCUCGGUGAUGACACCACCGUGAUGACCACGACGAAUCAACGUAACUAUAAUACCUACACGAAACGUACAGGAAAGGAUAUCGCUGCUAAAAUGAGUCAGAUAGAAUCUGAUACUAGGAAGACCGUGGAAUCGCAAACUUUAGCAGAUGGAACUAUCGUUACGACCGUAAGACGUACAACUACUUCUGCUCAGUCAGAUCAGAAAGCUGCCAAUGCUCAAACUGUCUCUCAUCAUCAACAAAUACAACAUAUUACGGAUCGUCGUACCGCUCAACCAAUUGAUGUUUCGCCAUUUGGACCACAACCCGUGGAUUCACGAAAAACGACUUCUCAAUCAAUAUCUAAUCAGCAUCAUGAACAACAUCAAAGAACUCAUUUGAGCGAGCAACAUUUGCAAUCGCAGAAUAUGCAGAGUCGUCGAACAAUCGAGGAUAGAUCAUUCACGGAAGGAGUAAAUCAUCGAGGGCAAAUCGUGCGAGCGGAAGAUACAUCUCGUUACGCGAUCGACGCCACACAUGGCGAGCACCAUAGACAGCAGCAUCAGCAGCAGCACGUCGAGCGUCAUCAUCAGGAAAUGACCAAGCGCGAUUAUGUGAACGCACAACAUAUGGAAACUCGACAAAGAUCCGGGACGAAGCAACACGAGCAGCACACAAUCUCCACUCAGGCGCGAUAUAAUUCAAGCAGCCCGGAAUUCCGACAAUCAAUCAAUGGGCAAACGACUUUAGAACAAUCACACGUAGACUCAGCCACGAAGUUCGGUCACCACCGCAAGAACGUGAUAUCCUCUUCGUCGGCUGACAUCAGCAACGCAGUACUCCAUCGACGUGGCGCAGCUUCUUCUACCGAGGCGCUUCACACGAUCUCGUCGACGGCGGCGGACCAGCGCAAAAGUAUUUCAAACCUGGCUGAGAGCGGACAGUACAUCAGUAAUUCGAGCCAGAGCAACGAUAGACGUAGCUUGACUUCGCUGCAUCGUAGUUCUAAAGAAGUCAAUCCUUGGGCAUCUUCCAGCUAUGAACGCCCGCAGAGAAUCAUUCGGCAAGACAACCUAAGUGUCGGCGGGAAAUUCUAUUCACAAAGCGAGGCAAAAAGCUAUGGAAAUUUCUCACAAAGUACUCAAAAAGUAGAAAGAGUCCAGAGGCAAAUGAACGCAUCUCACAUUAAUUUGGGUGAUGGUAGUACUGUCAGUUCCAGCAUGUAUAAAAGAGAAUACGUUCCUAGGCACAGAGGACCGUGUCCAGCUACUCUUUUGGAAGCCAAACAGGCGCCUUUCAAACACACCAGAGACACGCAGAAACACAAGUUUUACAUGCCCGUUGUGUCCAACUAAACUGGCCUAUUAAAUUUAACGUUUUACUAAUUUUUUAAGAAAUUAUGCCGAAUAUAAUAAUGUUAAAGGGCUAAAAUCAAAAUUUCAUUCUGUAAAGAUGAUCAAAAUUAUAUGCAACACAUUUA